AUGGAUAAAUCUGCAAUUGAUCACUUUCCAAACAUCCCCGAAGGCACCACGCAGCAUCAAUCUGGUGGCAAUACAUACAUCAAGCCCCGCAACCUUCCAAAGAAACCCGCAAUGUCUCAUCUCCAAUACUUCUCAUACAAAGGCCUCGGCGAGAGAAAUUGCCAGAAAUUCAGAUACAGCCAAGCGGUCCGAAUUGGCGACCGGAUAGAAUGCGCAGGUCAAGGCGGCUGGGACCGUGAAACAGGCGAGUUCUACAAGGAAAUCAAUGCCCAGAUCGACCAAGCAUUCGCCAAUGUCGAACAUAACCUCCAAGAUGCCGGCGGCGAGGGCUGGAACCAGGUUUUUCGGGUCAACUCAUAUCAUGUGCCUAUCAAUGAUGAGGCUUUGGCGGCUAUGGUCAGAAACUUUGAGAAGUAUAUGCCUGGGCAUCAGCCCAUUUGGACUUGUGUUGGGGUUAGUCGUCUUGGGGAGGAUGAUAUGCGGGUUGAGAUUGAAGUGGUGGCGCAUGUGCCUAAUUCCAAUGAGGUGGGUCAGCCGCUGGCCCCCAUGGGCGGAAAGGCCUAA